CUUUAUUGGCACCAAGGGGCCCUCGGGCGGGGGGAGUGAGGACAUCUUUUACAGUAGAGCUGCUCUCCUGCAUGGAUUCACUGGGACGAUGGAGGAGAAAUAACGUGAGCAAAUAAUAUGGAGCAGGCUUGUCAGAGACGAGACAAAGCCCACAGGCCGAGGGAGGAACUGAGUUGCAUGCUGGUGGGUGAUGGAGCUGUGGGGAAAAGCAGCAUGAUUAUUAGCUACAUCUUCAACGGAUACAACAGCGAGUACAGGCAAACGGCUUUCGACGUCUUCACCGGUUUGGUUCACGUGAACGGCGUCCCAACACGAAUCAAACUGAUCGACACAGCUGGACAGGAGGAGUUUGGUCAUCUACGGUCUCUGUGCUAUGCCCACGUGGACGUCUUCAUCCUCUGCUUCAGCCUCGUCAACCCUCGCUCCUUUGAUAACGUCGCCUCCAAAUGGAUCCCACAGAUCCGCGCAGGCAACCAAACCUCUCCAAUAGUUCUGGUGGGAACGCAGUGUGACCUCAGGCACGACGUGGAGGUCCUGAUUCACCUGCACCAGCAGCGAGGCACCAAACCAGUGCACUUCCGCCGAGCUAGAGGCCUGGCUCGCAGGAUCCGAGCUCACGACUAUGUGGAGUGUUCGGCGCUGACACAGCACAACCUCAAAGAUGUGUUUGACUGUGCUGUGUCCGCCGCCAUCAUGCACAAGCGCACUGACACUCGAUCUAAAAAGCAAAGUCUGCUCAAAGGACUCAAGGUGUUUUGUGUUUCUGGAUGGAGGAAACUCUUUAGAUACAUCUGAUGUAGUUGUAUCAUGCAUUUUUUUACAGACCCUACAAUCUCUGGGACCCUGUGAGAAAUGUAACCUAUUCUGCUCUUUUCCUCUCAAUCCUUUCCUUUAUGUGUUGUUUUUGUCUGUUGUUGUUGUUGUUGUGUUGUUCAUAUUUUUGUGUAUGAGUCAAGGUUUUUGAAAUAAAGGCACUGUUAGUGGCUGGAUAAAUGUAAAACAGUCACUUUUAGUGCCGCACUGGAAGAUAACUGUCAGUGAGGAAAUGGAGGGAAAACACAAAGUGCCAUUUGGGACAAAUGGUCACCUGCUGAUGCUUUGAAGUGCUGUGUUUACAACACAAAAGCCAUUUAAUCUGGCUUGCAGAGUGUAAGCUCAUCCUGAAGCAUUUACAAUUACCUUUAAAACCACAAACCAAUCACAAAUGAGAUACUGAGAUACAGUAGAUACAAUGGUGAGAUACAGUUUAAUUACUGAUAUGAAGUCAUUUCAAAAUAAACUCCAUUUAUUACA